GGAUACAACUUGUAAAUAAUCAAAACGCAAUUUUUACAACUCAAAGUGACGUAACAAUUUAAUUUUUCAGAAAGAGAUACCUCGUCAAAAUUCGCAAUGUCUCUUACUAAAAUCAGAAGUUCGGUCCUGUUUCAAAGACCACAGGGAUUAAUACAAGACAAACUGUUUUCACAUUCAACUGACGUGUUAUGUAAAAGGAAAGAACCGAAAUGCGGCGCGUGUGCGAAGAAACCGAAAAAGAAACGAUCGUUUUUUAGUUUUUUUGAGAAAUAUGAAAAGAAGAGAUUUGAAAUUUUCAACCUAAAGAAGCAAGCGGAAUGUAAAGCAGAACAUGACGCCGAUUGUGAUCCUGAUCUUUCUGCAUUGGGUGACGACGACCAUGUAUUUAGAACUGAAGGUACUUCCCACAUAGUUGUUAAAGACAAACCACCGAUAAUAGAACUGCAGCCCAGUAGGGAAGAAUUGUUACUUAAAAGAAUCGAGGCAAAUCUGGAAGAAAAAAAUUUGCCUCAUAUUUCUUUACCUCCAUUUGUUUCCGUUGAACAGAGAAUGAUGGAACUUGAUAAAAGAAAACUGCAUCCUCUGUACAAAAAAUUCAUGAGGAUGCCUCCAAAGAAGAUCACAAAACUCAUUACUACGGAACCAAGAUAUACAUUCAGAGGCAAGAGUCUGAAUAUCGAGGACAUUCCUAUUCAAUUUGAAUACAACAAAGGGAUAUUAAAUAGAAAAAAUAUUUACGUCAAUUUUAAGAGAGUUCAUUUGUCCAGAAGUUUAUUGAACCGUAUUGUUGAACUUCAAACAACACAAUCUGCCACUCUGGAAAAUGCGAAAAAAUACUGGACGGAUUACCAAUUCUCAAAGAAAUUUGUACAACCAAGUGACACGUUAUACCAUCAAAAAGCCAACAAGAUGUAAUUUAAAACAACAUAGUUCUAUUUAUUUAGAGAUCUUGUCAUGUCGUCGUUUUAUAAAUGGUUAAAUGAGACACAAAGCAAUCGAGUUUGUCUUUUGAAGUACCUAAUUAAUUUCAUUUUUUUACGAUUACAUGUAUUAUUACUUUGAAAUAUUCCACCAAUGUACAGAGACAAAUCUUUUUACCCAUUAGGUCCAAUAUAAUUCUCUUCCUCCUAUGUUUGCACUUACAUGAAAAUAAAUUA